ACGGCAUUUUCAGGCUUCCCAUUCACUUCGCAGUGAAGAUGGCGUCGGGCAGUGGGACAAAAAACUUGGACUUUCGCCGAAAGUGGGACAAAGAUGAAUACGAGAAGCUCGCCGAGAAGAGGCUCACGGAAGAGAGAGAAAAGAAGGAUGGAAAACCAGUGCAGCCAGUCAAGCGAGAGCUUCUCCGGCAUAGGGACUACAAGGUGGACCUGGAAUCCAAACUUGGGAAGACAAUCGUCAUUACCAAGACCACCCCACAGUCUGAGAUGGGAGGAUACUAUUGCAAUGUCUGUGACUGUGUGGUGAAAGACUCCAUCAACUUCCUGGAUCACAUUAACGGAAAGAAACAUCAGCGAAACCUGGGCAUGUCUAUGCGUGUGGAACGUUCCACUUUGGAUCAGGUGAAGAAACGUUUUGAGGUCAACAAGAAGAAGAUGGAAGAGAAGCAGAAGGAUUAUGAUUUUGAGGAAAGGAUGAAGGAACUCAGAGAAGAGGAGGAAAAGGCCAAAGCCUACAAGAAAGAGAAACAGAAGGAGAAGAAAAGGAGGGCUGAGGAGGACUUGACAUUUGAGGAGGAUGAUGAGAUGGCAGCUGUGAUGGGCUUCUCUGGCUUUGGUUCCACCAAGAAGAGUUACUGAGGCUUUCUAUGCUUGGCUUUUUGCCAGGCCUAACUUUGUGUUUGUGGGCGUCAUCUUUUGGGAGGUACUGGGGAAAGUCCUUAAGAGUGGCAAUGGGGAGGGCUAGAGGGUGGGUGUUUGUGGUUUCCCUCUACCUUGGGAGAGAGCACAGGAUGCAAAGGAAUGUGCUGUGGCAUGUUCCUUCAGCCUCAGUAUUUCACUGGAGACAGAGGACCUCUGAUCAUCUGAGUUCCCAAUAAAGAAAAACCACCUCUUCUGAGGCUGCUUUCCCAAAA